GGACUGAACUCUAUGAGAACUUCAAGGAUCGUGCGGGGAAAAGGGCGGCGGAGAAAAUCUACCGGCGUAGUGCCCAAAUUAUAACGACAAAUCAUAUCCUCUCCAAAGAUGGAAACGGAACUGAUGCCGGUAUUUGACAGUGGAGUAGGCCCCAUGGGGAAGACCUUAAAUUCUUGCAGGAACCCGCCAUUAUGAGUAACUGGUCGUUCAACAUCCGCCCUGCCCACGGGCACGCAGCUUGUUGACCAUGGUAUCUAGGAGACUGCUCCGUCUGCUUGCCCAGGCUCUCUCUGUGAACAGCCUCCCAGGUAACCGCAAUGUAGCCACGGGCCCAACUGUAAACCUUGGAUACUCGAUCUAUGAAGGCGUACGACUCGCCGCGGGGGUGGAUCAAUACCUGGGCAUGCGUUUCGCUCAAGCGCCUCUGGGAGACUUGAGAUUUCGUAUGCCCGAGAAUCCAGUCUCCACAAACGCAACUCAAAGCGCCAGCCAGUUUGGUCCCACCUGCAUCGGUGUCGGGCAGACGGAAAGCAGUUCCGUCGGAGAAGAUUGCCUGUUUGUCAAUGUUUUCACCCCCAGCAACGCCACAGCGAAGUCAAAGCUGCCUGUCUGGCUUUAUAUCCAAGGGGGUGGGUAUAAGUCCAACUCGAACAGCAAUUAUAACGGGUCCGAUGUUGUACAGAAAUCGGGAGGGAAUCUGGUCUUUGUCAACUUCAACUAUCGAGUCGGUUCUUUGGGAUUCUUGGCUAGUGAGAAGGUCAGGGAGGAUGGGGAUCUGAAUGUUGGCUUGCUGGAUCAGAGGAAACUUCUGCAGUGGGUGCAGAAGCACAUCGGCAAAUUCGGAGGCGACCCAGACCAUGUCGUCAUUCACGGAACCUCAGCGGGUGGAGGCUCGGUUUCUCAUCACCUGACAGCUUACGGAGGCCGAGACGACCAUCUGUUUAUAGGAGCUGCGCCACAGUCGAUAUUCUGGCCUACACAACGGACCGUUAGAGAGAUGGAAUUCCAAUUCGACCGCUUUGUGAACGACACGGCCUGUUCAGGAGAACAGGAUCCGAUAUCUUGCCUCCGAUCCGCCAGCUUGAGCAUCAUAAUGGCUGCAAGUGCCGUAUCCCCUUUUCCUGGUGCAAGUAAUACCCCUUUACCCCUGUGGUACUGGCUACCAGUCGUUGAUGGCGGCCUCAUACCUGACUUGAUGUAUAAACUAUUUCAAGAAGGGAAGUUUGUCAAAGUUCCGAUACUGGUCGCCAAUACAGACGAUGAGGGUGCCAGCUUCGCUUCCAAUGCCACCAACAGCUCGGACAUGGCUGCCUUUUUCAAGAACAACUACCCGAAAUUGAGUUCCAUCGAACUUCAGCAACUUAUCGAAACAUACCCCCUACAACCUGCCGUGCCGAAACACGCGGCCUAUUUUCCAUCCACAGCAGCGGCAUACGGAGACGCUACGUUUAUCUGCCCAGGACACGAGCUCGCUUCGACCUUUUCUCACUACGUCGCACCAGACCACGUAUGGAACUAUAGAUUCAACGUACAAGACCCCGACAGUAUCGCUGCUGGGCUUGGCACCGCUCACGCCGUUGAUGUGCCAGCCAUAUUGGGACCGGGGUACUCAGGCAGUGCGUAUAGAUCCUAUUCUGAUGUAAAUGCCGCCAUUGUGCCCAUUACGAUGGAUUACUGGAUUAGUUUCAUCCGAUCGCUAGAUCCGAACAAGUACCGUGCUCCUGAUGCACCGGUGUGGGAGCCGUGGGGGACCGGGACGGGAAGAAGAUUGAAGCUUGAAACCAACGCGACUCAGAUGGAACUAGUUCCUGAGACUUUGAUAGGACGGUGCGCGUUGUGGAGGGAUCUUUCAACUUCCAUGGACGUGUAG